AUGUCAGGCUUGGCGCUAACAGACCACACCUUCUCAGUGCCAUUGGACUAUGCCGAUGAGGCCAAAGGUACCAUCGACAUCUACGUCCGAGAGGUGGUGGCCUACAGCCGCAACAAACACCAGCUGCCCUACCUGCUCUUCCUGCAAGGGGGCCCUGGGUUUGAGGCGCCGCGGCCGACAGAGGCGAGCGCGUGGCUGAAGGCGGCGGUGCAGCACUUCAGGGUGAUCAUGUUGGACCAGCGCGGCACCGGCCGUUCCAGCGCCAUCACUACACAGUCUCUAUCGCGCGUCGGCGACUCCCGCGCGCAGGCCGAGUACUUGGCGCACUUCAGGGCGGACAACAUAGUGAGGGAUGCUGAGGCGGUGCGCAUGGCAAUGGUGCCCCCCGACGCGCCAGGUGGCGGCCGCUGGACGCUCCUGGGGCAGUCAUUUGGCGGCUUCUGCGCGGUGAGGUAUCUGAGCGCUGCUCCUGAGGGGAUCACAGAGGUGCUGCUGACGGGAGGACUGCCCCCCGGUGUGGGGGACCCCAAGGCCACAGAGACCGCCUACAAGAGGCUCUACAGGCGGGUGGUGGGCCAGAACCAGAAAUACUACCAGAGGUUCCCGGAUGACGUGGAGGCAGUGCAGAGGAUAGUCACGCACCUGAUCAAGCAGCCGGAAGGCGGCGUCAGGACACCUUCGGGAAACUUGCUCACACCGCGCUCCCUCCAGCUGCUGGGGCUGUCAGGCCUGGGGUCGGGUGGCGGCUUUGAGCGGCUGCACUUUCUUCUGGAGAAGGCCUGGGACGGUGAUGAGAUCAGCCUCUCCUUCAUGAAGAGCUUUGAUGGGUGGAUGCCGUGGGAUGCAAAUCCGCUGUACGCGCUGCUGCACGAGUCGAUCUACUGCGAGGGCCGCGCCUCGCGAUGGGCCGCGCACCGCGUGCGCAACUCCGACUUCUCCGCCACCUUUGAUGCCGCAUCAUCCGUCGCCAAUGGCAACCCCGUGCUCUUUACAGGCGAGAUGGUGUUCCCGUGGAUGUUUGAGGACUUUGCUGCGCUGGCCCCGCUGCGAGGCGCGGCCGAGGCGCUGGCCGAGAAAUCCGACUGGCCGCCGCUGUACGACCUCAAAGCUCUGCAGAGCACCACCGCGCCGGUCGCGUCCGCCACGUACUAUGAUGACAUGUAUGUGGACUGCGACAGCGCUCAGGAGACGGCGGCACACAUUCGGGGCAUCCGGCAGUGGGUGACGAACGAGUAUGCACACUCUGGCAUCCGAGACGACGGCGCUCGCAUCUUUGAGCAGCUCCUCGCCAUGGCCCGCGGCAGCAUCCCCCUCUGCUGA